UGAGAUGUCAAUUACCAAAAGAAAACCCUAAAACCAUUAUCAUCAAUCAAUCUCACCAUCUUUUUACCAGUUCUAAGAAGAGUCAACAAAAACCAAGUUUCUCUCUCAUGGUGAGUCUGUAACCGUCUGAUAAGAACCAGAAAUCAUGGCGGCCGAAGCUUCAAAGACGACUUCAUCGGCCGAUUCUUACAUCGGUAGUUUAAUCAGUCUUACAUCAAAGAGUGAGAUCAGAUAUGAAGGCAUUCUCUACAGCAUCAACACUGAGGAAUCCAGUAUUGGCCUCCGAAACGUUAGAUCGUUUGGAACUGAAGGACGAAAGAAAGAUGGUCCUCAAGUAGCCCCGAGUGAUAAGGUUUAUGAAUAUAUACUCUUCCGUGGAAGUGACAUCAAGGAUUUGCAGGUGAAAUCUUCUCCUGUUCAGCCAGUUGCGUCAACAUCAGCAGUUGACAAUGAUCCUGCUAUUAUUCAGUCUCAUUACCCUCACCCGCCUUCAGCUUCUACAAAUCUGCCACCAGCUGUUAGUGCACCACCAGCUGAUGCUAAUUCUCAUGGACAACAGCUUGGACACCCUGGCUCGAGUUUCCCAGGUGCUCUACCUUUGUACCAACCUGGUGGAAAUUUAGGGUCAUGGGGGCCAUCACCUCCUCCUGGUGCAAAUGGCAGUGGACUUGCUAUGCCUAUGUACUGGCCUGGGUUUUAUGGCCCUCCAAAUGGGCUUCCUCAUAUGCCCCAGCAGACAUUGCUUCGACCACCCCAUGGACUCUCUGUGCCACCUUCGCUGCAGCAACCAAUGCAAUAUUCUGGGUUCAAUCCGACUUUAUUAACAGGAGCUUCGAAUUUGACUGGCCCAAAAUUUCCCGAGAUCCCCCCCAGUUUGGCUAGCUCAAGCAGUACUGCAACUAAUGUUAAUGUUACAUCAACAUCUUUACCGCAGUUCAUGCCUCCUGUCCCAUCCACCAGUCUAGCAUCUGAUACAUCAUCUGGUUCUGCAGUAUCUAAGGCUCCCAAUACUGGGCUUCUUUUAACGCCUAGCUUCCCGUCAAUAUCUUCAUUGGCAAUUUCUGCUCCUGAUGCUAGUAUUAAUGCACCUGCUGUCUCUAACAAGGUCAAUGCUACUUCUAGUUCCAGCUUGCCAAACCCAAGCCUUUCUCAAACAACAUCAUCUGUCAUCAGUUCCUCCACUUCAAACCAGACAGAAACCGCAAAACCUUCUCUGGUCACUCCAGAUCAACUUGCACAAUCUGCACAAGUGCCAAAAUCUUCAUCUCCAUCCCCACAAGUUUCUCAUAAAGAUGUGCAAGUUGUUCAAGUGCCGUCAGCAUCAUCAUCAGAUGCAAAAGCAGAAGUAGUGAAGGAAGCACAGCCUCCUAUAUUGCCACUGCCCCCAGCGUCAAGGGCUUUUCACAAGCCUAAUGGAACCCAGUUUCAUCCACGUCAUAAUUACAAUUAUCGGGGACGUGAAAGAGGAAGAGGAAGUGGGAGCUCACGCCCAGUCACAAGAUUUACUGAGGAUUUUGAUUUCACUGCCAUGAAUGAAAAGUUCAAAAAGGAUGAAGUAUGGGGUCAUCUUGGUAAGAGUAACAAGUCCCUCACUAAAGACAAGGAUGGUAAUGGUGGGGAUGAUUCUGAAGAGGAAGGUGAAGUGGAAUUGCCUCAAACUGAUGCCAAGCCUAUUUAUAAUAAGGACGACUUCUUUGAUACUCUCUCCUGCAACACUCUUGAUCAUGACUCACAAAACGGAAGGACAAGGUUCUCUGAGCAGUUGAAGAUAGAUGCAGAGACAUUUGGUGAUUUCGUGAGAUAUCGUGGUGGACGUGGUGGGCGUGGACCAAAUCGUGGUGGGCGAGGUCGUGGCUCUUAUUAUGGAAGGGGGUAUGGAUACCCUGGGAGGGGGCGAGGGCGUGGCAUGUCUAAUCGGCCACUUUGAUCAGUACUGCAUGUAUUUUGGCAAAUAUCACUUUGGUUGGAAGUGCUAGAAGAUGUCGUUUCUGCUCUUGCUAACAUUUGUUGAUUCAGUUAGUUUGGCUAAGGUUAUUUUGCAUCUUUUGGUUGUUUGCGGGCUUGUUUUCCAUUAAUAUUCUCGGUUUAUAAAGCAAGCAGCUAUUCAGCAGAGAGAAAUUAUCAGAAGAAAUUUGUAGUUUUUUUUAUUGAUUGACAUAAAGUUGUUCAGUGAUGUAAAGUGGAACUAGUUGAUUGUGAUUGUUUGGUCGACUUCUUAGAUCAACUAGUUUCAAGUCACUUUAUGCUGCAAUGGUAUGUCCUGGGUUGUGCAGCCUGUUUUUA